GAGCGCGCAGGCGCCCUCUGGGAAGUUGCUGCAGACCCGAAUCCCAAGCGCCGGCGGGCGGCGGGGCUACUUCUUCAUAGAUUCAACCAACAAUCUUUUGCUUCACAAAGAGCCACCACUUAGACUCUUCUCAAAUUCGUGUUUCCACGGAAGUGAUAACUUUUCUCUGAUCAAGAAAAGACGUGACUGACUACAUGUUGAAAGUAUCCCAGCACCAAUCCUAUUUUUUUCUUUUCUAAAUUUGAAGAGCAACAAUGGAGAAGCUGCCCUUCAUGACUAUAGUGGUCUUAAUAGGACUAACAGUACGGUGGACAGUUUCUCUUAAUUCGUACUCAGGUGCUGGAAAAUCCCCCAUGUUUGGUGAUUAUGAAGCUCAGAGACACUGGCAAGAAAUUACUUUUAAUUUACCAGUCAAACAAUGGUAUUUUAAUACCAGUGAUAACAAUUUAAAGUAUUGGGGACUGGAUUAUCCACCUCUUACAGCUUAUCAUAGUCUCUUGUGUUCAUAUGUGGCAAAUUUUAUAAACCCAGACUGGAUUGCUCUCCAUACAUCACGUGGAUAUGAGAGCCAGGCACAUAAACUCUUCAUGCGUACAACAGUUUUUAUUGCUGAUUUGCUGAUUUACGUACCUGCAGUGAUUUUGUACUGUUGUUGUUUAAAAGAAACUUCAACCAAGGGAAAGGUUGCUAAUGCAUUAUGCAUAUUACUGUAUCCAGGCCUUAUUCUUAUCGACUAUGGACAUUUUCAAUAUAAUUCUGUGAGUCUUGGCUUUGCUUUGUGGGGUGUUCUUGGCGUGUCUUGUGGCUGGGACGUGCUAGGGUCCCUGGCAUUUUGCUUAGCUCUAAAUUACAAACAGAUGGAACUUUACCACUCCUUGCCAUUUUUUUGCUUUUUACUUGGCAAGUGUUUUAAACAAGGCCUGAAAGGAAAGGGGUUUGUGCUGUUAAUGAAGCUCGCAUGCACUGUUGUAGCUUCCUUCUUCCUCUGCUGGCUGCCGUUCCUCACAGAAAGAGAACAAACCCUGCAAGUUCUACGAAGACUUUUCCCAGUUGAUCGUGGAUUAUUUGAGGAUAAAGUAGCCAAUAUUUGGUGUAGCAUCAAUGUCUUUCUGAAGAUUAAGGAUAUUUUGCCACGUCACAGCCAGGUAAUACUCAGCUUUUGUUUUACAUUUUUGAGCCUGCUUCCUGCAUGUAUAAAAUUAACACUCCAGCCUUCUCCCAGAGGAUUCAAAUUUACUCUGGUUAGCUGUGCUCUAUCAUUCUUUUUAUUUUCUUUCCAAGUACAUGAAAAGUCCAUCCUCCUGGUAUCAUUGCCAGUCUGUUUAGUUUUAAAUGAAAUACCUUUUAUAUCGACUUGGUUUUUACUUGUGUCAACAUUUAGUAUGCUACCUCUUUUAUUGAAGGAUGAGCUGCUUAUGCCCUCGGUUGUGACAAUGACGGCAUUUUUUAUAGCUUGUACUAAUUCCUAUUCAAUAUUUGAAAAGAUUUCUGAGGAAGAACUGCAGUUGAAAUCCUUUUCCAUUUCUGUUAGGAAAUAUCUUCCAAAUUUUACAUUUCUUCCCAGAAUGAUACAACAUUUGUUUCUAACCUCAGUGAUGGCGAUGGUCCUUCUGACGCUGCUGAUGGUCACCCUGGACCCUCCUCAGAAAUUACCAGACUUGUUUCCGGUCCUGGUAUGUUUUGUAUCCUGCUUGCACUUCCUGUUCUUCCUGGCAUAUUUUAACAUUAUCAUCAUGUGGGAUUCCAGAAAUAGAAGAAAUCAGAAGAAAAUCAACUAGCUGUAUGCCAAACAAAGGUGAACAGUGCCAAAAGGUUUUGUGAAUUAUUAUGUAUAUGUGAAAUUAUCAUUUUGAGAAUUAUGGAAUAGUGAAGUCAUUGUUGUCUACACAAAAUAAAUGUAUAUGCAGACCA